CCGCGUGGUCCCCUGGCACGGACACAGCCGCCGGCUGAGGCCGCACCCUCUCUGCCGUGGCACCGGCCGGCGCUGGGCCUCCGUGCCGGCAGGGGGCGCUCCGCGGCGCUGCCUGCCACGCCCGCGGAUAUCAGCGGCUGCCCGGAAGGAGCUGCCCUUUCCCGGCGCAGCGCAGCCAUGGCCCGCGGCCCCAAGAAGCACCUGAAGCGUGUGGCUGCGCCCAAGCACUGGAUGCUGGACAAGCUGACGGGCGUCUUCGCACCCCGUCCAUCCACAGGCCCUCACAAGCUGAGGGAGUGCCUUCCGCUCAUCAUCUUCCUGCGGAACAGGCUGAAGUAUGCCCUGACAGGGGACGAGGUCAAGAAGAUCUGCAUGCAGAGGUUCAUCAAGAUAGAUGGCAAAGUCCGCACAGACAUCACCUACCCUGCAGGCUUCAUGGAUGUCAUCAGCAUUGAGAAGACAGGCGAGCAUUUCCGCUUGGUGUAUGAUACCAAGGGCCGGUUUGCUGUUCACCGCAUCACAGCUGAAGAGGCCAAGUACAAGCUGUGCAAGGUGAGGAAGAUCUUUGUGGGCACCAAAGGAAUCCCUCAUCUCGUCACCCAUGAUGCCCGUACCAUCCGCUAUCCAGACCCCCUCAUCAAGGUGAACGAUACGGUCCAGAUUGACCUGGAGACAGGCAAGAUCACAGAUUUCAUCAAGUUUGACACAGGUAACCUGUGCAUGGUGACCGGUGGUGCCAACUUGGGCCGUAUUGGAGUGAUCACCAACCGUGAGAGACACCCUGGGUCGUUCGAUGUGGUUCAUGUGAAGGAUGCCAAUGGCAAUAGCUUUGCCACCAGGCUCUCCAACAUCUUCGUUAUUGGCAAAGGCAACAAGCCAUGGAUCUCCCUGCCCCGUGGAAAGGGCAUCCGCCUGACCAUUGCUGAAGAGAGAGACAAGAGACUGGCAGCCAAGCAGAGCAGCGGGUGAACUCCAGCCCAGGCUGGCAGCGGUCCUUGCGGUAUCCUAAUUAAACCAUUUACCAAA